AUGACUGACAUUUCAAAUGCUUCGGGAAAGAAAAAACCUACAAGGUUUGUUACUAAUGUGUCACCCAACAACACUUCCCCAACAACACCACUGUCUGACAUCACAAAUGUGAAUGCAUCAUCUUCAUCCAAUGCUCUAAAACCAUCAUCACAUUCAACAUUACAAACAAUAUCCCACAAAGUUCAUUCACCCUCUUCAUCGAAUGCUUUGAAAACACCAUCAUCUCAGACAAUACAAAGAAAUUCUCACAAAGAAAAUAGUUUCUUCGUACCCCCUAAUUGUCGAGUUGCUCAAAAGUUUACCGAAUUACCUCCAGACUUUUCCAACAACCAAGAUACAAUUCAGCACAACACAACUCAUUCAACAACAACGAAACGGAAACGAUUUAAUACACAAGAUAUUCCAUUUUUUGAGUUGAAUGAAGAUGUCGUUGAACCUUCAGUCACACAUUUUUCAGUUGGUACCAGCGUUAACUAUAAAGAAAAGAAAAAAAGAGGCAGACCAAUUUCUACAAAAAAGAAGACACAAAUAUGUAUUCCUUCUACUUCAAAUGCUCAGAAUGAUGUAACCGGUAACAAUCAUACUAAAUAUAUCGGAAUAAGCAAAGAUUAUUUGGAUUCUGGAGAUGCUGUAUAUGUUUGCUCAGUAUGUAAAGCUAAGGUGUGGCAGGGAGAAGCAAUUCGAGGAAAUAAGGAUUUAAAGAAAACAUGUUAUUCCAUUUGUUGUUACAAUGGAAAAGUUGAACUACCCAGUCUGAUUCACCCACCUCAGUUGUUGAUUGAUUUAUAUAGCGGUCUUUCGGAAAAAAGUCAAAACUUUAUACAGAAUAUACGUCGAUACAAUAUGAUGUUCGCAUUCACAUCUAUGGCUGGAAAGAUUGAUCACACCGUUAACUCAGGAGGUGGUCCUUAUGUUUAUCGAAUGCAUGGCCAAAAUUAUCAUAUUGCAGGCAGCUUACUUCCCGAAGAGGGUGAAUCACCCAGAUUUUGCCAGUUGUACAUAUAUGAUACAGAUCAUGAGGUUCAAAACAGAUUCAAAUCAUGCGAAAUGGCACGUGAUCGCUUUGGUUCAAAUCCAACAGAGCGUAUUAGGUUGAAAUUGAUUGGGUCAAGAGAAAAUGAUGGUAGGCAGUAUAAUCUUCCUACCACAAAUGAGGUAGCUGCCCUCAUUAUAGGUGACAUUGAUGGUCAGUUGAAGGAUGAAAAAACUUUGGGUGAAGUCGCUGGAGUUGUAUAUACGAUUGAGUUUCAAAAGAGGGGCCUGCCACAUUGUCAUGUAUGUCUGUUUUUGGAAAAAAAUUCUAAAAUUCCAAAUCCUGAAGACAUAGACCGUGUUAUAUGUGCUGAAUUGCCAGACAAGGAUAGUGAACCCGAUUUGUAUCAGAUUGUUUGUGAUAACAUGAUACACGGACCUUGUGGCAACGAUCAACCAUUUAUGCCGUGUAUGAAAAAAGGCAAAUGUUCAAAACGAUUUCCAAGGGAAUAUACCGAUCAUACGUAUAUUGAUGAAGAUGGUUAUCCUAUUUACCGGAGACGUAACGAUGGAAAUAAUGUCCUUAAAAAGGUUGUUUCUAAACCGACUGUCGCUGCUUCUCAAUUUUUAGCUUGGAUGGAAUGUAACAAGCAUGAUGAAGAUGCACGAAAGUUGUCAUACGUUGAAUUCCCAACUAAAUAUGUUUGGAAUAAAUCAGAUAAGAUAUGGACAAAAAGAAAAACCAAGUCCAAGGCACUCGGUCGAUUAAACCACGUUUCUCCCAAGGCUGGUGACAUUUAUUACCUACGGAUUUUGCUGAACAAAAUCAAGGGUCCUACAUGCUAUGAAGAUAUCAAGAAAAUUAACGGAAUUGUACAUGACUCUUACAAAGAUGCUUGCUAUGCACUUGGUCUAUUAGAUGAUGAUAGAGAGUACAUUUCGUCAAUAAACGAAACACAUCAUUGGGCCACAGCUUCUUUCUGCCGGUCUCUCUUUGUUAUGUUGAUUACAUCAGAUAGUUUGUCAAGUCCUGCUCAUGUUUUUGAAGAAACAUAUCAAUGUCUUUCUGAUGAUGUCAUUCACGUUCGUGAACAAGAAAUCGGCGUCAGAGGCUUGAAGUUAAAAGAGGAUGCAAUUUUCAACCUUACCUUGUCAUACAUCGAGAAAUCAUUAUUGAGCUGUGGAUUGAGUUUGAAGCAAAUACCAAAUAUGCCGUUUCCUGAUCAUAGAUACAUUCAAGAGUCAUGCAAUAUGUUAAUUCAAGAUGAGCUUAACUAUGAUCCUGGUGUUAUUGAAGUUGAGCAUCAAGAUUUGUAUUCCAAAUUAAAUGUCGAGCAAAAAAAUGUUUAUCACACCCAUUAUGAAUGCGGUUAA